AAAAAGGAUUCAUAAACAGAAAACAAAAUCUUAAAUAACAAAGAUAUAUUCAAACUUUGACAUAAGAAGAAGCUCCGACACUUGUGUGCGAGUAUAAUACGAUCCUUCUCCCACUCUUCAGAUCACAAAGUUUUCGUUUUUUUUUUUAAAGGGUUCAUCGAUUCGGGUUGUGUGGAGUGAUCUCUCAUCAAUGGCGUCAAGUGAUAAGCAAACAAGCCCAAAGCCUCCACCUUCACCUUCACCUCUCCGUAAUUCCAAGUUUUGUCCGUCCAAUAUGAGGAUCUUGAUCUCAGGAGGAGCUGGAUUCAUUGGCUCUCACCUUGUUGAUAAGCUGAUGGAAAAUGAAAAGAAUGAGGUGAUUGUUGCUGAUAACUAUUUCACCGGUUCAAAGGGAAACCUUAAGAAGUGGAUCGGUCAUCCGAGAUUUGAGCUUAUCCGUCACGAUGUCACGGAGCCACUUUUGAUUGAGGUUGAUCGGAUUUACCAUCUCGCAUGUCCUGCUUCUCCCAUCUUCUAUAAGUACAACCCUGUGAAGACAAUCAAGACCAAUGUGAUUGGUACACUGAACAUGCUAGGUCUUGCCAAGCGUGUUGGAGCAAGGAUUUUGCUUACCUCAACCUCGGAAGUGUAUGGAGAUCCUCUGAUCCAUCCCCAGCCUGAGAGCUACUGGGGAAAUGUCAACCCAAUUGGGGUUAGGAGCUGUUAUGACGAAGGCAAGCGUGUGGCUGAGACCUUGAUGUUUGACUACCACAGGCAACAUGGAAUUGAAAUCCGCAUUGCCAGAAUCUUCAACACCUAUGGUCCACGCAUGAACAUUGAUGAUGGCCGUGUUGUAAGCAACUUCAUUGCUCAAGCACUACGGGGUGAGGCAUUGACUGUUCAGAAACCAGGGACACAGACUCGCAGUUUCUGUUAUGUAUCUGACAUGGUUGAUGGACUUAUGCGCCUCAUGGAAGGAAAUGACACUGGUCCCAUCAACAUUGGUAACCCAGGUGAGUUUACCAUGGUGGAACUAGCUGAGACAGUGAAGGAGCUGAUUAACCCGAGCAUAGAGAUAAAGAUGGUUGAGAACACACCAGAUGAUCCAAGACAGAGGAAGCCGGACAUCACAAAGGCAAAAGAAGUGUUGGGAUGGGAACCAAAGGUGAAACUCCGUGAAGGUCUUCCCCUUAUGGAAGAAGACUUCAGGCUAAGGCUCGGAGUCCCCAAAGAAUAAAACUUGGUCACGGAUCAAAAGCAAACGUGGAUGCACUACAAGUCAGUUCUACUUUUCAGAUUCCAUUGCGCAGGUGGCUAUUUUCAUAUAAUAUGUUUCCACUUUCCACAGUGGAAAACUCCGUAGAGAAAAAUAAAGAUUAUGAACGAAUGCUUUAUUUAUUUAAGGAAAAAUAUAUUUUUCUUGCCA